AUGAUUAAAUUUGUGUUAUCUAUAUCCAAAUAUACCAUUUCAAAUCAAUUAAAAGCGAUUUAGCAGUUGAAAAUAAAUAAAGAGAAAUUCCAACCAUUAGAAUUGAGAAGUCAGUUAUGGAAUUUGAUUUAAAAUCUAACAGAUCAGGAUAGUUCAUAAUUCAUCGAUAUUUAUAAAGAGUUCGAUUAUGAUUAUAGAGAUAUUGCCGAAUUUUAUAACAAAAAUCAUAUAGCGCAUGAUCUUAUCAUUAGUAAACACAAGAAAAAUGAACCAAAAGUAAUAAUCGAUUCAGCAUAUUAACAUUUAUUGUUAUUAAAUCCGACCCUAUAAUUUGUAGCAGAUUUUGAUUAUGAAAAUUUACAACAAUACUUGAAUGAAGAUGGGUUGAGGAAUAUCUUAUCAGAAACUUAAAGUGACACAUUGAAAAGAGCAUAUCCUAAAAUUAUUGAAAAUACUUUUUAUGGAUUAUAUUUACAAGCCAUUAAUAGAGGAUAGGAUUAAAUCAAAUUAGUAGAGAUUUUGAAGAAAUUGGAAUCAAUAUUGCUUGAUGAAUAAAAUCCAAAUGAAUUGAUAUGGAAAACUUACCUCUUUAGUAAUCUAUAAAGCGGAAAUGAAAAAGUCAUAAAUUAUUUUGCAUUCGUUAUGCAAAAUGUAGAAGAGCUGACUUAAAAAGAGUUGAUCGUCUACUCAUAGAUUGUAUUUCUAUUUUCAUUAAAAUUUGGAAAUCAUAGAACUGUGUCGAUAUUAUUCAGAAAGUUAUUUGUAUUCUUGACCAAGUUGAAAGAUUAACUAUCAUUAUAAGAUAGAUUAUUCUUUUUAAAAAAGACUUAAAACGAAUUGGAUAUCCCAAAUAAAUAAGAAUUAUUUUGUAAAUAAAUUUAUGAGCAAAUUCGAGAUAUUUCAAUUUAACAUUAUCCAGUAACUUUGAAAGGACUCUGUAACUUUUAUUGGGUAGAAAUAAAGAUAGAAGAAGAAGAAGAUUUUAUUGAAAAAAAUAUGGAGCAAUUCACAAAACAAAUAGAAAUAAUUGAUUUGUUGUUUGGUUUAAUCUAUGGCAACUCAUAAAAUAUACAAUUGAUUAAGAAUCUUUUUGCAAAAUUGUAAAAUUUAAUGGAAAAAUCAAGCACUCUAGAAAAAUGCUAUUAUUAUCAAAUUAUAUAUAUUCUUGAAAAUAGCUACAAUCUUACACUAAAUGUUGAAAACAAAGAGGAACUUAGAUCGAUUUAUUUUAAUGCCACAAACCUAAAAAGUUCGGCUGAAUUCAGUUAGGCAAAUUUUGAUAUGGAUGAAAUACUAUAGUCAAUCCAACAAGAAUUAAAUAGUUAGAAAAGACCUGAUUGGCGUAUCAUCAAAAUAAAGAAGCAAGCUGGUGUACAAAUUUAUCAAGUCGACUUCAUUGUUGAAUUAGAGGGUAUUUAUAGGAAGAGAUUAAUUUAUCUUGAUUUUAUUUAGAGACAAUCGUACAUAGAUGAAACAAAUUUAAUCGGAAAAUAAAGAAUUAGACAAAAUAUAUUUAAAACAGAAGAAAUUACUUAUAUAGAUUUUAAAACAUGGUACAAAUAACAGGAUAAGGUUGCCUAUGUUAAGUAAUUACUAGGGUUGUGA